UGAAUGAGUGAAUGAAUGAUCUUUCUUGAUUGAAUCAUGCCCAUUGUGGGGAACUUGGAGAUCCGACUAGUUCAAUUCAACCCAACAUAACAAAAAAAAGAUGCAAGAAUUCUCCAUUGGCAGACAAACGGAGUCUACAAGUCAAUUAUUACGACAAAUUUUAGGGCAGGCAGUAUUGCGAUGGACGUUGAAACAAUGAAGAGGGUGCAUGAGGGACAAACGCGAUAGCAAGUAUCUACAGAUUUUAUAGAGGACAGAUCCGGCAAGUAACGCGAAACAGUGUACAAGCCGCAGGGCGUAGUGUACAAUGGUAGCGAUAGUGAUACUGUUUAUACGGCUCGAGAGGACGGAUGCGUGUAUCGGUCUACAAUAAAGGUUGUUUUUGCCUGGAAGCAAUCUUUUCAAAGGAUACUAAGACUGACAUCUAGUAUCUGGGAAAGAAAGGUAAGAAGAAUUAGUUACUUUUAUUUGUAUUUGUAGCCUCACUGGAUAUACUAAGAGGCUCAUAGAUUUGCAAAUAUAGUAUUAUUUCUGCCUCACUAUCUCAGGGCUGUCUACGGACUCGCAAACACGUUUACCUCGACAGAACAUACGAUUCUACUAUAGCGCUUCCUUUCAAAGGAGGCCCCCAUUAUCGACGAGCGUUUGCUGCUAUUGCUGGCAGAAGUGUAGGUCUAGAACCUUAGGCUGGUGGUUACAGGCACAAAUGAACAUGCAGCACGAUUACAUGUUCAAAAAGGAUGAAGGUUGCUUGGAAGAGGUCAAUACUGGGCAGGAGGGAAAUCGCUGGUGGAACAGGAGUACUGGAUAACACCGGCAAAUACAUCACAUUUAGGCUGCGCAGAAAUAAUCCGCAACCCAGUGGAUUACGCAUAGUAUUAUUCCCUGUUCAGGAAGCUGCGGUUUCCUGAUGUAGAACCAUUGACAUUCAUAAUACUAAUGAAGCCUCUCUCCGAGUCAUCCAUCGCAAAUUCUACUCC